CCAAACACACCCUAUUAGAUUUUCCGUAUCCCCUUUCUAUUUCCCUCCCUGUCUGUUCCACAGUAUCCAUGACCGGCGAAGCCUUACCUAUUUCGGCAGCCUUUCUCCGCUCACAGGAUCCGAACCUGUCCCGCUAGAUUUCUCUGGGCUACACUCACACACUGUGAUUGGGUUUCCGAGGCUUUAUCCCCACUGUCGGUGUAGUUCUUUAUGCUUUCUUGGUUCAGUUGCUGUAAGGAUUAGGAGGGUUAUUGCUGUCUUUGAAUUGUUCUUCCCAGGACUUUAUCCUACAUCAUCCUGUGGAAACAGGGACAGAAAGAAACAGAGAGAGAAUGGAGGAAUCAACAAUGGCAAAACAGAAUAAGAAUGUGCCAGUGUUGCCAUGGAUGAGAAGCCCGGUUGAUGUAAGCAAAUUUGAAGAGUACCCGCUUGAUAUCCUCCCUUGCCUUGACCCCAGGUUGAAGAUGGCUUUGCAGAAUAUGGGUUUCAAGACACUUUUUCCAGUUCAAAUUGCAGUUUGGCAAGAGACUAUAGGGCCAGGUGCCUUUGAGAGAGACCUUUGCAUUAAUUCACCAACAGGAAGUGGCAAAACUUUAGCCUAUGCUUUGCCAAUUGUGCAAAUGCUUUCGACUCGCGCUGUCAAAUGUCUCCGUGCAUUGGUUGUUUUGCCCACUCGUGAUUUAGCCUUGCAGGUUAAACAAGUUUUUGCUGCCAUAGCACCUGCUAUGGGCUUAUCUGUUGGUUUGGCUGUGGGCCAAUCUUCAAUUGCUGAUGAAAUUUCAGAACUUAUUAAGAAACCUCAGCAUGAGGCUGGGAUUUGUUAUGACCCCCAAGAUGUUUUGCAAGAAUUACAGAGUUCAGUGGAUAUAUUGGUGGCAACCCCAGGAAGGCUCAUGGACCAUAUCACUACCACUAAGGGAUUUACACUCGAGCACCUCUGUUAUCUUGUUGUUGAUGAAACAGACCGCUUGCUCAGGGAAUCAUACCAAUCUUGGCUUCCGACUGUGCUCAAAUUGACCCGCCCUUAUGAUGAAAGCCUCGUGCCUGGUGUUAAUAAUUUUCUUCCUUGUGCAUCUGGUUCCUUAAAAACCAUAAGGAGAUGUGGUGUUGAAAGGGGGUUCAAGGGUAAAUCUUACCCUAGGCUUGCGAAGAUGGUUUUAUCUGCCACAUUAACCCAAGAUCCAAGCAAGCUUGCUCAACUUAAUCUGCAUCAUCCUUUAUUCUUGACAACUGGUCAAAGACGUUACCAACUCCCUGAAAAAUUAGAAUCCUACAAACUGAUCUGCAUGUCCAAGCUGAAACCUCUUUACUUGGUUGCGGUUCUACAACAUUUAGGAGGGGAGAAAUGUAUUGUUUUCACAUCAUCUGUGGAGUCAACUCAUCGGCUUUGCACCUUACUGAACUUUUUUGGUGAUCUGAAAGUCAAGAUCAAGGAGUAUUCGGGUCUUCAACGUCAAUCAGUAAGAAGCAAGACCCUGAAGGCCUUCCGAGAAGGGGAGAUACAAGUACUUGUUUCCUCCGAUGCGAUGACUCGUGGAAUGGAUAUUGAAGGAGUGAGAAAUAUCAUUAAUUAUGAUAUGCCUGCAUAUGUAAAGACAUAUGUUCAUCGAGCUGGUCGAACAGCAAGAGCUGGCCAGACUGGGCGUUGCAUCACAUUGUUGCGUACACAUGAGGUAAAACGUUUCAAGAAACUGUUACAGAAAGCUGAUAAUGAUUCUUGUCCAAUUUACUCCAUCCCUUCGAGCUCUGUUAAGUCACUUCACCCCUUCUAUUUAUCUGCACUGGAGAAACUUAAAGAAACAGUUCAAUCAGAAACAUCAAGAAAGGGAAAAGUUGGUCUUAAAUUUUCUAGAGUGAGUAGAGAGAAGAAAUCCUUGGAGGAAUAGCUUAAUCAAUCAAGCUGGCAGCAUCUUUUCCAAUGUCUAGUCUAACUUUGGUGUUCACAGGUUCGUGGAAGUUUUCUGAAACAUAAAACUGCACCAUGACGAUGAAAUCCACAUAUAUAUAUAUAUAUAUACAUGGAUGCAAUUUUGCAACUCCCCUAUUUUACAUUUGGGUUCACGCUUUGUCGAUCACCCGAAAGUAAUAUUCAGCCUAUCUUUGAAGAAGCUACAAUUAAACUCGAUUAAGGGUUCCUAACUAGUUGUUCUUGGAUCCUUUUUGUCUAUUCUAUACCAUUUAACGACCAACUUCUGUGA